GUUCAACAUAUGUCAAUCAUAUUUUACUUGCUCCCUAUUGGCUGCAUGUGUUGGUGUAAAUAACGAUCGCCGCCCGAAAUAGUUUGUGGCUUGCUUCUGGUUUAGUCGAUAAUGGUGUAUUUAUCAAAAAAAAAGAGCAAGGUAAUUAUGUUUCAUUGACUACAUUGAAAUGUCGAGUAAGUAGAGCCAUAAAAUCCCCACCGUAGGAGCUUAAUUAGCUUUUUCAAAGACAGAUUAUGCCGAAUUGGCGUUCAGUACCAUAGUAACUUUGUUUUGUUGACAUGCCAAGUCAAACUCACUAAAUCAACCUCUGCUGCGUAUCCUGUCUUUUGUAUAAACCACAUGUGGUGUUCUAAAGCUGUAAUGAAAUCCAGUGUUCCCGUCUUCACAAGGCAGAAUCCCUUUGAACAAGCAUCCAAAGUGGUGAAGACACACUACCACCCAGCAUCCAACAAGUCCCUGUCACAGAAAGAGAAGCAAACUACUUUCAGUCCAGAACGUUUUAGCAAGCGAUCCAGUGCACAGUUUAACACUCUGAGGCCAGAGGACCAAGGGCUUACUGAGAAACAAGACAGCUGUUUUACUGCCACGGAGGGACAUCCUGUUUUUGAAGAGUCAUGGCCAUCCUCUGACUGUGGAUCAUCUCCUGCCAGUAUUUUAACCUCAUCUAACAUGGUGUCACCCAAACAGUCUGCAAGAGCAGGAAAACACUCAACUUCCUUAGAACCAGGAGUUCAGCAGGAUUCAGUGCUAUCAAAGUAUAUAGAGCGCUUUCGCCAUGGCCGACCGCAAAGUCGUGAGGAGCGCCAGCAGAUGGCUUCUUCCGUUAGAGAGAAAUCAGUGCCUUUUUGGUGGAUAACAUCCUCAACUUUUCCCCCCAGCUCAACACCAACUAAAACAACAGACAAAGAUGUUACCCAGCCUCUAAAAGAUGCCCAUGGAGCUUUCUUUUACAGUCCUGUACAGUAUCAGCGUGACAGAUCCCUCUCCCCAUGUAGAAGAUCCCUAAGUAUUUUGUCAGACACAUCCCAGGGGGAAUAUGACGACACUGAGAUACUCCAACUUCAAGAUCGGGCCAACAGACUUCUGCUGAGAGAUGAAACUCUGAAUGAUGGAUCUAUCCAUGUCAGCUCCGAGGGUCUCGGAUGCUCAGAUUUCUCUUCUCCAUGCAGCAUAGAGGAGCCAGUGAGAAGACCUGUGAUUCCUGGAGUAACAAUGUCUGCUGCUGAAAUGGCCAGCUCAGACUCAAUUCAAGCCCAUCUCUCCCAAAACCCCUCUGUCGUUCCUUCACUGGAGCCCCCCACUAGACCGGAAGAUGACAUCUUGUUCCAGUGGCGUUUAAGGAGAAAGAUUGAGCAGGCCAGGGAGUGGCCCCAGAAACACUCAGGUUUUUAUGGUCCAACCACUAACCACCAGAGUUUAAGCCAGACCUCAGCUAGUGGACAGGCCUAUGAGGGACGUGUUCAACCUCCAGAAUUCUCAGAAAAAGUGAUAACUCCUGAGAUUGCUGGUGCCAGGCUAGAACCCAAAGUAAAUCCUGGAUCAUUUAGCCCAUCUUCAGGUCCAGCUCCGUUACCUGCCUUUGUUGUCUCUGGUUCUUCAGUUUCUCAACCCCAUGUUCCUGCCCACAUGCAUUUUCUUUGUGAUGUCUUGCCAUGUCCCAGCCAGACAUUUCAUGCUAGUACACAUGACAACAUUUUCCAAAGUAGGGAUGAGUCUCGGACUAAAAUAGUUUUUGAAAAGGCACAAGCUGAGAACAAGAUGAAAACAGCCCCAGAUGAUCCUUUUCUCGAACAUAUUCCAACCCCAUCAAAUGCUUCAUCUGGAGCUACAAAAGGGGAAAGGCCAUCCAACCACAAAAGAUCAGAGAGGAACAAGAGGGAGAAAGCUCAGACAAAAGAGUCAGAGAACAACAAGAAGGAGACAGUGAUGUCUUUCAGAAAGCAGAAGAAAUCAACAAGGCAUACUAUGGAAAAGGAACACAGUGAUGGCCCUGGCUCUACAAAUAGGAGUUCUUCACAUCAAAGGUAUCCUGAAAGGAUCUUGCCAUUGGCCAAGGAGCAGCAGCAACAAGAGGGACGUUUUUCCAGCCAGAGCUCUACUGAUGCUCAUGCACCACCACAUUCUCCAAUACACAGUGCCUUAGGACAGGUAGUUUCCGAGGUCUUGUUCCCUAUGACGGAAUCGUCUCCUGCUCCGAGGAUGCCGGUCUCCUCCUCUCCCUCCUGCACUUCUGCAGCUCGGACACAAUCCUCAGUUCUUCCCUGUGAUGAACAGAACUCUGUUGAGGUCAUAUCACAGCUGCUGCAAGAGGCUGAAGAUUCAGAUGAGAAAGAGUUUGAAGAUGAUGCUUUAUUAAAAGUCCUUCGCAAACAGAGAAAAUGGGUAAAGGAACAGAUCAGUGAAGUUGACUUUUUGUUGAAUGGCUUUCUGGACGAGCAACAUGCUACCUGAAAAUGAAGAAGAAGAGACACUUGCCUCAGUAGUUUUUAUUUUUUAUGAAGAAAUAAAGUUUAUUUGUUCUCUUUUUGAAGAAAUAUUUUCCACAUUAAAGAGCUUAGAGAUA